AUGACGGCAGCACUAACACUCAUCACUCCUCAUGCCAUCCGGGUGCAGACCCCGCCCCGCCACAUCCCUGGGGUCGUGGAGGUCACACUGUCAUACAAGUCCAAGCAGUUCUGCAAGGGAGCGCCGGGCCGCUUUAUCUACACAGCCCUGAAUGAGCCAACUAUAGACUACGGUUUCCAGAGGCUUCAGAAAGUCAUUCCAAGACACCCAGGAGACCCAGACAAACUAGCAAAGGAGAUGUUGUUGAAGCGAGCAGCAGAUCUGGUGGAGGCACUGUAUGGGAAUGCCCACAGUAAUCAGGACAUGCUUAUGAAGCGGGCUGCAGACAUAGCAGAGGCUCUCUACAGCGUCCCACGGCCCCACAGUCAGCUCCAGGCCCUGCCCUCCUCGCCAGCCCACGGCAGCGUCAUGGGCAUCAGCUCCUACCCCCCGCAGCUGGGCAUCAGCCUGUCCGACCCACAGAGUGCCAGCCAGGGUUACAUGCGUAACUCCAGUAGUCUCUCUCCACGGGGGUACCCGUCUGCCUCCACGCCUCAGCAGUCCGGCUAUGCCAGUGCGGGCGGCAUGGGCGGCGGGUACAGCGCCGUGCCCAUGAGCAGCCUGGGAGUGCCAGGGUCGCCGGGGUUUAGCAAUGCCUCUCCGUCAGCCUCCCCGUACGGCAUGAUGCCCUCCAGUCCUGGAGUCCCCGGGUCGGGCUCCUCCUCCUCCUUGCUGCCCUUCUCCUCCUUCCCCACCUCCUCCUCCUCCUCAGCCAAACAGAAGAGUGCGUUUGCCCCGGUGCUCCGCCCACAGGGGGCGCCCUCCCCUGUCUGUCCCAGCUCUGGCAACAGCUUCAGAGCGAUGACUGGCCUGGUGGUCCCGCCCAUGUAAGGAGGGGACCAAUCAUCUCUUUCUCAGCAACAGCCCUGACCAAUCACAAACUCUACAGCCUGCCAAGGCUUUAGGGCUGCAGGCACACUUCUAACAUCACUGCCUGUCAACGAAUCCCAGAGGCCUUUCCAAAUCUCCAGACAUUCCUCCGAUGGAAGAGAGAACCCAGGCAGACUGCAGUGGAACCAGCACAAGGCAGAACAGAAUCUCUUUUGACUCAAGCACACGGUUGAUGAAACCACAGGAGAGAGGGGUUCAUGCGAGAAGAGCGCUUAAACUAAGAAAUCUGCUUGCAUCUCGCAAAAGAAGUUGCCAUAUCUCCCUCCUUUCCUAAUACCUACGUAUACACAUUCAAACACACACACACACACGCACAGACACACAC